UGUUUACAAUUAUCUGUUCUCUCUUUGCCCAAGGUUGGCCAUACCAGGGGAUAUGUGCAGGUGCUUGUAGCUGCUCCAGAAAGUAUGUUGGGGACUUCAGCUAUUGUGAAGAUCACAUCUGUUGGAAGGUGGUCAGUUUUCGGAGAAGUGAUUGAGACUAUUCCUCAUAUAAAUGAUACAGUUUCGGGAAAUGAAAGGCCUAAGCAGGAAAAAAGUUUCUCUGGUUUGAACCAUUAUGAGACUAGUGCAUGUUCAACAAAGUCGGAAAAUUGUUGUUGUGGACCAGAAAGCUGUGGAGGACAAGCGGAAAAGUGUGCUGUAACAAAGAAUGACGUUCAGCUGGAAGACAGGAACAGCAGAAAUCUGAUUGGAUGGCUACUGAGGAAGCGAAAAAACCAUGUUGCGAAACCUGUGGAGAAUGAAAUAGGCUUGGGAUCCCAGAAAAAGCAAGAGCAGACCCAAGGAAGCUUGGGUGAAUGGGGUGUCGUUGAUAGGGCUCUUCUAGGCGGGAUGCUUGUGAGCUUCCUGACAAUUGUAACUCUACUAUUACAUCUUGGAUUUAGGAUUCUGUCAUCUAAUUAGUCUGGUUGUACUAAUCCAUUUUUGUCAAGGAUUUUUCAUAGAAAAAUGCCAUACGAGGUUGUUUGUCUAUUCAAAAAAUAGAAUAUUUUUGGUUUGUUUGUAAUAUUGGACAUAGUACGGCUGUUGAAACUUGAAA